AUGCUAACGCUGCCAUUCUUCCUCCUUCACGUACUUUUGUCCUCCGAACCUCAAGACAUGUCGCAGUACGAGUCAUCUACUGCACCUAUACUGGCCGGAACGCAGGCGAACUGGCUACUGCUUGGAACCCUCACCCUCCAGCUGCAUACAUUUCAUAUUUGCUUUCCGAAUGAACGCUGGUGGAUCAAGUUGCUUGCUUAUGGCCUCUAUGUGCUCGAAGUCGUCCAGAGCGCCAUCACAUCCCACUUUGCCUACUCCCUCCUCGUCACGGGAUGGGGGAACCCCACGGUAUUCACACAACUACCCUGGUCCAGUCUUGCGACACCGAUCUUCACUGGGAUAACGUCCUGCACUGUUCAAAUAUUCUUCGCAUGGCGUAUCUGGACCCUGCGCAAGAAGGAGUUGUGGGCAUGGCUAGCCGCUGGAUUCAUCAUCUUGCUUGCGCUCGCUCAAAGCUUGGCUGCGAUUAUUAGCGACGCUCGUUUCGCUGUCACAACCAACAUUGCGGAACUGCCCAAGCUAUUGAAUGGAGUCAAGUUUUGGUUGAUUGGCAGUGCCGUCUGCGAUGUGUUCAUCACUAUCGUGAUGCUCUUCAUUCUCACGGACUAUCGUCGGUCGGCCCCUUGGAAAAGUACUGACAGCAUUGUCACCAAGCUCAUUUACAACACUGUGGAAACUGGGGCCGUUACGUCUGUUGUGGCCAUCAUCGAUGUUGUCCUUUUCAUUCAAUAUACUAACGAAAACUACCAUCAAUUCCCGGCUUUCAUGCUUGGCAAACUAUAUACAACCGUUCUCCUCGCCAGCCUCAAUUCGCGUGCGGAACUGCGCAAGGCGAGCAGUAUGCCAAACACUCUUGGUGCAGAGGGCGAAGAACGCGCCACCGAAAUUCAGUGGCGGCGGUAUUCUACGGCCGCUCGCUCCGCCUUUGUUAGUGGUGCUGAGUCAGAGCUGGCGACAGGAACGAGCCACAAAUUGGCGGUCCAUUCCGUCAAACAUGCCACCGACGAUGAACCAGUGAAAAGCUCACGCGCCGACUCGAGCACUGACGUCUAUGAACUCGACACCAAAAGAUAUGAUAACAGCACACCACCAGUGUAG